AUGAGUCAAAGUGCCUGCGUCAUGCCGGCGCUGCGCUUCGUGUGCACAUCCUGCAACAUCGCUGAUGCAGGUUCAUUAUCCUGCUUCAAGUGUAAAGGUAAUCUUAUACCACCCACGACCUUUGACUGUGCAAAACUCGGACUGCUUCCUGAGCUGCAAGAGCUCAUAAAACAGGACCUAAAUUUUAACGUGCAUACAUUGGACAAAAAUCAGGCCACGCUGUUACAUUAUGCAGCAAUAAGUGGUAAAAUGGGUGUUUUAGAGUAUUUACUUGGAAACGUCGAUACUAAAGUCCUAGUCGAUGUUUUGGGUGGAGAUAUGCAGACAACGCCGUUAUUUUGGGCAGCUCUUCAUAACCAGAUUUAUGCAGUAGAAGUGCUGCUACGACACGGAGCUGACCCAAAUUUUAGAGAUGGAGGAGGUUUUUCGCCGUUUUUAGUGGCAAUUCAACGCUGUUUUCCCAUUACGGCGGCUUAUCUGGUAGCAAAGGGCUCUGAUAUCAACCAACGCGUGCAAAAUGCAGGCCAGAAGACAGCUUUGAUGCUACUUUGUCAACCGCAACAGUUUCAUUUGGAUACAUUUCGAAUGGUCCUAAGUCUUCAAGCUACGGUGGAUGCACAGGAUUCUGAUGGCAAUACUGCACUUCAUCAUGCAACCAUCAACAAUAUUGCUAUGGCUGUGCGGAUGCUGCUCGAUGUAAAAGCUGAUACAACUAUUGUAAAUAAGGAGGGUCUUACGGCCUUUGACAUUGCAUGUGUGAAACUUGGUCCCGAAACAUCGUCACGUCACCUUUUGAAAGAGGAUAAACAGCUGCAGCAUCUUUCACGAUGGACGUCUAUUUCGAAACAAACUCUGGAGGACAAUAUGUAUAAGCUCGCAUUUAUUGUCCCAUGGGUGGUAUUGCCUCUUGCAUGCUACGUGGUGGCAGUUGUAGAAGGAUGGUACUUUGUCAUGCUUUUGCUUUUUAUUCUGUUGAUUGGAGCGAUGCUAGUGCUUAAAUUGCUACAGCGUGGCUCCUACGGUGACAAGCGUAAAGCAGCACCAUUGAUGUUUGGGGUCAAUGUUGCAUCAAUCGGCUAUCUUGUUGCCAGUUUUCCUCAAUUUAGUGGCUACUGCAGCACGGCAUUUUGCACGUUUGCAACAUUCUCUUUUGCUAUCAUUGGGGUCACGCUGUACAAAACGUCCACUUCCGACCCGGGCGAAGUGUUCACAUCGUAUGAUGAGAAGCUGCAUAACAUCCGCUGUCUCGUUGAAUCAAAGCUACCCAGUGCAACGAAGUUGUGUCUCACAUGUUUGCAUAAGAGGCCACUUCGUGGCAAGCAUUGCGCCGAGCUAAACUCGUGCAUUGCCAAGUUUGAUCACUACUGUCCUUUUGUGGUGAACGCUGUUGGUGCACAAAACCAUGCAGCUUUCCUAGGAUUCCUCUUUUCAGCCGUGCUCUCAAUCGGGCUGGAACUUAUAGCCUGCAUACGCUUUGCAGGCGCACAACCCGAGCUGGUGGCUGACUUCACAGUUCAGUGGCAAUGGUGGAAGUGGGACUGGUCGUUGUGGCGUUUGCUUGUUGGUACAAGCAACACUGCCGUCAUUACGCCGCCUGGUCUAACCGACUGGCUUUGGAGCGUCGCACAUUUUCACCCAGUACUUUUCUGUGUCAUGCUCCUGGACGUUGUGCAGAUUGCAUGGAUCGCAUACAUGCUCGUUUUCCACCUCUACUUGAUGUGCGCAGCUCUCACGACAAACGAGGUCGUGAAGAACGAAAAUCUCAAUCAUGCGUAUUCCCGCGGCAUUUUAAGGAAUGUGGUUGACUUCCUGGGCCUACCGGGUCACCGACCAGUGGAUUGGCGUCGCGUGUAUAAUUUGGAGGAGUUCCAUUGCCAAGUUGCGUCGUGCACUACUUCGCGCAAGAACAUAUAA